UACAUACUCUUCAAUUCUUAGUUGUUGUAGGCCCAUCGUUUACCCACUUCCUUCCUCUGUACUUUCUCUCUCCUUUUUCUGCUUCUCUCUCAAAAAUCUCUCCCCAGAAGAACGAAAAGCAGUGAGAUCAGAAGAUGCCGGCGGUUGCUCCACGAUCCGGGGAUGCCAUCUUCGCCAGUGCUGAGCGUGUCAAUGCGGAAUUGUUUACAUUAACUUAUGGAGCAAUAGUUCGUCAACUGAUUACGGAUCUGGAAGAAGUUGAUGAAGUCAACAAGCAGCUUGAUCAAAUGGGUUAUAAUAUCGGUGUGCGAUUGAUUGAUGAAUUCCUAGCAAAAUCCAAUGUCUCUAGAUGUGUGGACUUCAAAGAAACUGCUGAAGUUAUUGCAAAGGUUGGCUUCAAAAUGUUUCUCGGGGUGACUGCAACAGUCACCAAUUGGGAUGCAGAGGGAACAACUUGCAGCCUUGUCUUGGAGGACAAUCCUUUGGUGGAUUUCGUUGAGCUUCCUGACACAUGCCAAGGCCUUCAUUAUUGCAAUGUUUUAAACGGUGUGGUCAGAGGAGCUCUGGAGAUGGUGUCAAUGAAGACAGAAGUGACCUGGAUUCGCGAUAUGCUACGUGGGGAUGAUGCGUAUGAACUCCAAGUUAAGCUCCUCAAGCAAAUUCCAGAAGAAUACCCAUACAAGGAUGAUGAGUGAUUCAACUUCUCGUUGCUUUUUAUUGUAUAUUGUCUUUGCCCCCCAAGGUUUGUAUGCCUACAUUUCACUACCCGCAUAGUUUUGGUAAAUUGUAACGAAAUAGGUUCGUUCCUCAUUAUGUGCUAAUACUUGCGGGGUGCAUCCUGUAGUUAAUCACGCCUAUGUGGUAGUAAUGCCUAGUGUUAUAGAAUGUCCAAGUACUGUAUUGUUCUUUUUGCCAUUUAUGCAAUUUCAUUGAUCCAACAUA